ACAUGAACAUCCGGCGGCAUCACCACCUCUGAGAACGUUUAGUUAGCUAGUUGUGCCUCGUAUUUGAUUUUUGUUCAUUUCACACAGCGACAAAAAUGCCAACACUGUGUUCAGCAUAUAACUGCAAAAAUCGCGGUCCCAAAGCUGAUGUAGGAUUUUUUAGUUUCCCCAAAAAUGACCCUGAAAGACGCAAGCGAUGGAUUAUUAAUAUGAAGUGGAAAGACUGGAAUCCGCAACACCACCACCGUGUGUGCUCUGUUCACUUUGAAGACAAGUACAUUUGCCGGAUGGACAAACGUCAACGUCUCACGCCAGACGCAGUCCCGACCAUUUUUGACUUUCCAGAGAACUUUCAAAAGAAGAAGGCAUCCAUCCACCCACAGAGUAGAAGAGCCAGGAGUGAUGGGUUGCCAGAGAAGUAUACUGCUGCCCAUGUUGUUACAGUGGCUGAACCGGUCACAACACCAAGCCCCACCAUAACAUCAGAGACGAGCAAGCUGGCUAAAGACAAUACUAAAGCUCCAGAAAAAGUUACCUCUUCAAGUUGGUAUAUACAUGUAGAUGAAGAAAUCCAAAUGGCUGAGUCUCUCCCAGGUUUCUUCCACAGUGAUUACUGUCUACCACACAGUAUUCGCUGGGGAUUCAAUGAUGAUGUUGCCCCGAAGGUGGCUUGUGAGAACAUGGAGUUCCAACUUCCACCCCUCAAGCACAUAAUAGAGAUCACAGAGGCAUGGGAGUGGCUGGGUAUGGACAUUAGAGGGCCACUGCCCCUAACACCGAACGGACACCAGUAUGUUCUGACCUUGACAGACUUCUACUCCAAAUGGGUGGAGGCCUUCCCCCUGAGAGGUUGUAGCUCUACUGAGGUAGCACAGCAUGUAGCUGAAGUCAUCUCUCACUUUGGCUUCCCUUUUGGAAUCCUUGUUCGACUAAAGAGGAAGUUUACCAGUAAGAUCAACCUUGCCUUAAACAGUCAUUUGAAGCUGAAGGGGUUCUCUCUCUUAUACCGUCAUCGGCAAGUUGGAUCACUGGAUCUGGCCACACAAACCCUGAUUAGCAGGAUGGUGUCUGAUCUUGUGAAGGACCAUCCAGACAACUGGGAUGUCUGCCUCCCUGCAAAGGUGUUCAGCCUGUGUUUCAAGGAGCACCCCAAGACCAAGCAGAGACCUUUCUCUCUGCUGUGCUGCAAAGGACCACAGCCGGUCACCACCCCUAGGGAUCUGUCUUUCAGUCCUGCAGAGCUCAGAGAGAGUUCCUUUGCAAUCCAGUUAAAUCAAGAGGGUGGGCAUGACACUGAUCCGCAAGACAUGGUUGGCGUUGAAUCUGGAAAGGAAAAAGCUGGAAAGAGCACUAUUACCAGGGUCUCCUUUUUAAGGAGCAACACUGAGAGUAACAACACUGACGGUAACACAUAUGGUCACCCCGACGGUCUCACGGACGGUAGCACGGACGCUAGCACGGACGCUAACCCCGACGGGAGCACGGACGCUAACCCCGACGGGAGCACGGACGCUAACCCCGACGGGAGCACGGACGCUAACCCCGACGGGAGCACGGACGCUAACCCCGACGGGAGCACGGACGCUAACCCCGACGGUAGCACGGACGCUAACCCCGACGGGAGCACGGACGCUAACCCCGACGGUAGCACGGACGCUAAGCCCGACGGUAGCACGGACGCUAAGCCCGACGGUAGCACGGACGCUAAGCCCGACGGUAGCACGGACGCUAAGCCCGACGGUAGCACGGACGCUAACCCCGACGGUAGCACGGACGCUAAGCCCGACGGUAGCACGGACGCUAAGCCCGACGGUAGCACGGACGCUAAGCCCCGACGGUAGCACGGACGCUAACCCCGACAACAACCGUAACACCAACAGUGAGCGAUCCUCUGAAGAACAUCAUGCCAUGGAAAACUGAAUAAUUGAUUGGAUGAGCGCUCUAUCGGGGGUGUAGUUUUUAUUUUAUCAUUUUGUUUAGAAACACUUGUCUUUUAUGGUUGUUUGACUGGUGCACUGCGUCAUGAUUGUUACACAGGAGGAUGAUAGGAGUUUAUGAACCAACUGGAUCAAUUCAAAAUCAGUCAAAACAUCAUGCAUAGCAGCAUAGAUGAUGGAAUAGUGAUACGCUUAUCCUAAAAUCAAUUUCUUUAUUCUACCCCGUAAACAUUCUACCCCGUAAACCCCCCCCCCCCCCCCCAAGUCAAUGAAGCCAAACAUGGGUUAUUGUAGUACAUUAUUGUAGUAUAGAAAAUUUUACCUUACAUUAUCGUAGCAUAUACUGUAGAUAUUUUCACCUUACUUGAUCUUGGAAAAAUCCACUUGAAAGCUCCUCCAACUGGUAAUUAGUAGUAAGAAACUUAUCCAUCAUCCCUGAGCUCUGACUUCUCCCACAUGCUGACCUCUGACGUCACGUACUAAGGAAAUUACUCCCAUAACAGCAUUUUCGGCAGUUAAAUGCAACAAAACAUUAUUUAUAAAAAGCAAUCUUGUUAUUGUUUUUGAACACAUUUGUUUACAAUCAUGGUAGCUGUACAUUGUUUAUGGUUGACGUAGUUUGUUGGCCAUUAGCCAAUCGGCGAGUUCAAAGCUUGUGAAUGUAUCGAACUGGUAUUUACGACAUCCCAACUGGUAAAUACUACCUUCCCCAAUUGGUUAUGAACGCAGGAUUAUUAAAUGAACUUUGUUUUAUGCCUUGAAUAGACUGAACACUCAAAUGCAUUUGUUUAUACAAAGAUACUUACAUUA